AUGCAGCUCCAGCGCCGUUCGCGUGAGUCCCUCGCCCCCCAACAGCUUCGUGAGUGGUACGCUAGUUGGGGUUGUAGGGGUGGCCGCGCUACGACUACUGCUACUGCUUCUACUGCUGCUACUGUGGCUACCACUGCUCCUCCUGCUCCUGGCGGUGGCCAGAUGCAGCUCCAGCAACGUCCGCGUGAGUCCCUCACGCCCCAGCAGCUUCCUACUUGUAGUGGCCAGGUGCAGCUGCAUCGUAGUCCGCCCGCGGUCCUUUCGCCCCAGCAGCUUCGUGAGUGGUACGCUCAGCGUGGAGGGUCACGGAGUUCUGCCCGCUGUCCGUACGUCAUUCGCACUGGUUCUCGGACUGGUCAGCCCUGCGGGACGCUUGGUCACGCCGAGUCCCGCUGCUUCGCCCGUCUGAGCGACGUCUCGCGUACGGAGUUUGGCGACGCCGCUGAGCUCCCCGACUGGGUGGAGCUGCUUAAGCAGAGGGUAGAUAUCUAUGCUCUUGACUAUGAUGCUAUCCUCACUGCCAUGUAUGCAUUGCCUACUAGUGAUGUGGGUGACUGUUACCUGUGUGUUCCGCCUGACCCGGGCAUUGAGGCUGCUGCUCUAGGUGCUGGUGAGGCUGCUGCUCUAGGUGCUAGUGCGUCUGCUCCUCCAGGUGCUGGUGAGUCUGCUGCCCCAGGUGCUGGUGAGUCUGCUGCCCCAGGUACUGGUGAGUCUGCUCUCUCAGGUACCACGUCGUCUCAGGUGUUACGCACCUUCACCCUUGACUCGGGUGCUUCCCGCUCCUUCUUUCGAGACCGCACCACACUCACGCUGCUUAGUCGGCCGGUUGCAGUCUCCCUGGCAGACCCCUCUGGGGGUCCCGUCCUUGCCCACUUCUCCACUGUCUUACCGUGUCCGGCGGCCCCUUCUGGCUCUCUGUCGGGUCUUUACCUCCCCUCGUUCUCUACGAACUUGGUGAGUGGUGCUGACCUACAGGACGCAGGGGUUGACCAAUUCACCCCUGCGCGUCAGCGAGUGACCCACUGUACGUGUGCUAGGACGGGCCGACACUUGGCCACGUUUACCCGUCAGCCGGGGUCGAGCCUGUACACACUGACUGCUGAGUCUCCUCAGGUAGCUGCGUCGAGUCAGGUCUUUGCUGCAGCGUCCAGGUCUGGUCCUGAGUCUGCCCCCUGCUCGUGUCGUCUCCUGUCUCACCGGACUCUCCUCUGGCACCACCGCCUUGGUCACCCCUCCCUGCCUCGUCUCCGAGGAAUGACCUCUCGUUUCCUUGUCUCGGGUCUCCCCCGGUCCCUCCCUUCUCUUCCUCCGGGGCCUGGCCCCACCUGCGUUCCCUGCGUCGAGGGGCGGCAGCGCGCCGCUCCUCACUCCUCCGAGUUUCCUUCGACAGAGGCUCCGCUGCAGACGCUUCACAUGGACGUGUGGGGCCCAGCCCGCGUCCGUGGACAGGGUCACGAGCGUUACUUCCUGUUGGUGGUUGACGACUACUCGCGUUUCACCGCAGUCUUCCCCUUGCGCAGCAAGGGUGAUGUCACUGAGGUGUUGAUCGACUGGAUCCGCGCAGCUCGUCUCCAGCUCAGAGAGAGUUUCGGCUCGGACUUUCCUGUCUUGCGUCUGCACUCCGACAGAGGCGGUGAGUUUUCCUCUGACCUUCUGCGAGCCUUCUGUCGUGCACAGGGCAUCCGCUAG